AAACUAGCAUGAAGUUCUCUACACUCCUUUUCGGCCUUUGGGCUACCCAGUCCCUUGCAAUGCCUUGGAGUCAAGAUCCUGAUGAUCGCGAACCCGCCAGACUUGUAAAGCGUGCUGUGUGUACUUCGACUUCCGUCGUAACAUCAACUGCGGUUGCCCGUACCAUUUCCACUUCAACUGUGUUGACAACGGUUCCUACGAUAAUUGCAACCACUACCACUUCCGUUAUAACAUCGACUUCAGUCGGACGUACAACUUCCACCUCGACCGUGUUCACGACGACCACGAUACCGAUUACCUCUACUGCGUACAGUACAAUCUCCAGGACGGAAACUGCCACCGCAACGGUCUCUUCAACUUCAAUCAUUCCAACAACAGAGACACAUUCAGAGACGUACACUUCCACCGUCUCCUCCAUAUCAACAAUUUUCACGACAAUACCCAUCACUGAAACACAUUCAGAGACCACAACCUCAAUCGUAUCUUCAACCUCAACCAUCCCCCUUACUGAAACCCAUUCAGAGACCACUACCUCAACAGUAUUUUCUACUUCAACAAUCCCAUUGACUGAAACCCAUUCCGAGACCACUACCUCAAUAGUCUCGUCCACUUCAACCAUCCCUCUGACUGAAACACAUUCAGAGACCACUACCUCAACUGUGUUUUCCACCUCGACAAUUCCCCUCACUGAAACACAUUCAGAGACCACUACCUCAACUGUGUCUUCCACCUCGACAAUUCCCCUCACUGAAACACAUUCAGAGACUUCAACUUCGACGGUAUUCUAUACUUCAACUAUUCCCACCACCGAAACUCACUCAGAGACCGCCACUUCAACCGUAUUCUCUACUUCAACAAUCCCCACUACAGAAACUCACUCAGAGACCACCACUUCAACCGUAUUCUCUACUUCAACAAUCCCUACUACCGAAACUCGCGUGGAAAAGUCCACCCAGACGGUGCCUUCUACCUCCACCAUCUCUACAACAGUUACUGGUACAAUCACAACAGUGAUCCGCAGCACGACGAUGGUUACGAAGACAGCUACUCAAACGAUCAAGGCAACGAGCAUUAUCACCGCAACGAUCUCAGCCACAAAAUACCAAACGUCGACGGUGACGAAAACGGUGACGAAGGCCUAGGAGAAUUGAGAAGCCUGGUUUUGGAGUUAGCGAGAUAAGUAGGGGGAUAGGUAUGAGAGAAACCUCAGGUAAUAUGCGUCGAUCCGGGUUUCGGUGUUAGCGCCUUGUAAUUGUAA